CAAGCCCCGUCCGAGUGGACUCUAUAAAAGGGCUUCUCCUCUGCGCGUCGAGACGACCAGAGAACGUCCUGGAAUCGUCGGUGGCUUCCCCCAUGGCGUACGUUGAGCGAGGUGUGGUGAAAUCCAAGAAAUCAAUAUGGCGACUUAGAACGAUCACAGACUUAUUCUGGGCUAUUGUUAAUUUCAUAGGCGUGUUUUUCGCUACAAUGUUUUCGAUGGAAAAGUCCGACACUUACAGGAAAGGCUCCUCCGGCUCUCGCAAGAAAUGGGAUGGUGGCGGCGGCCCGGGAGGUUCCGGAAGGGGUCCUUACGGUGGCGGUCCUCGUGGCCCACCACGCGGAUUGGAUAAUGUCCGCGGAAUUGACCACAGUUCAUUGCCAGCCUGUGGUUCUUGCUGUGGUUGAGGGUACUAGCCUCCUGUCUACAGAAAGCAUUGGAGUGUCUAUGAUGCCUAUAUUCAAAGCGACUAAGAGCUCAGUUUACUUUUGUGUAUAAUUUGGCAUGACUCAUGGAUUGAAUUAAUGUCAGUAAGACAUCUAAGAGGACAAGAGUUGGUACUUGGGAGAUUAUCUUGGUUAUGUGAACAUGAUGAUUCGAAAGAUCGAGUCUUUGAGUGUUUCUAAGGAUAGCACAUAAUCAGUAUCUCAUUAGUCAUUUGGAUAUGCUGCUGUGCCAACUUUCGUCUUUUGUUCUGUUAGUUUCAAACGUACUCAUCUUUA